UUAACAAAAUCACCAUUUUGGCAAAACUCUUAUUACAGUUGCUCAAGAAUUUGCAAUUGCAUGUUGAACAAAAUCUUUGUUAUAUAUUGUUUAGGUGUUGAUUCUAAUAGAGAUGUUAUCUUUUCGAAUCCCAUCUAUCCGAACCCAACCUACGGCGUUUGCAGCUAAAAUAACAGACACCACAAAGACCGUGGCACAACUCAAAUCAGCUGCAACCCCCACGCCUCAUAGCACAGUCACGUGCGGUUAUCAAGCUCACGUGGCGGGUUUCUUUCGAAACAUAACUGUUUUAUGGUCCAAGAAUCUCAUGAACCAUUCCCUUACCGUCAUGGUCUCGAGUUUAGACAAUGACAUGAACUAUUGCUGCAAGAUUGAUCUCGUGAAGCCAUGGCAGUUCUGGAGCAAGAGAGGAUCAAAGUCAUUCGACGUAGAAGGAAACUUUGUGGAAGUCUUCUGGGAUCUAAGGGCGGCGAAGUUGUCAGGAAACGGUAGCCCCGAGCCGAUGUCAGAUUAUUACGUGGCAAUAGUUUCUGAUGAAGAGGUUGUUUUGUUAUUGGGAGAUUUAAAGCACAAGGCUUACAAGCGGACUAAGUCAAGACCCGCGUUGGUCGAAGGGUAUAUAUAUUUCAAGAAAGAGAGCAUAUUUGGGAAGAAAACUUUUUCAACUCGAGCAAGAUUCGACGAGCAGAGAAAAGAACAUGAAGUGGUGGUGGAGAGCUCACACGGUGGAGAUGAUCCAGAGAUGUGGAUAAGCGUGGACGGGAUCGUGAUCAUGCACGUGAAGAAUCUGCAGUGGAAGUUUAGGGGGAACCAGAUGGUGUUGGUGGACAAAACUCAUGUGAUGGUGUACUACGAUGUGCAUGAUUGGUUGUUUGGAAGUUCAGAGUCGACGGCAAGUUCAGGGUUGUUUGUGUUUAAGCCUGUGGCGGUUGGAGGGAUGGUAGAUGAGUAUUUUAGCGAUGCGGAGGAAGGAGACAGCGGAGGAGGGAGAGUAGUCCUUUGA